AUGCCAGGAGUUGGGAAAGCAAGCAUCGUCAAGCUUGUCAACAAUGAACUCUUAAAAGAUGCAAACCAGUUUAAUAUUGUUGUAUGGAUCACUGUGUCAAGGAAAUGCAGUUUUAUUGAACUACAGAAUAAAAUUGCACAGGCAAUUAAUGCUGUUAUUUCAGAAGAUGAAGAUGAAACAAUAAGAGCAGGGAUGUUAUCUGAAAUAUUGGCUCAAAAGGGCAGGUAUGUGUUAAUCUUAGAUGAUGUGUUGGACAAUUUUUCUCUAGAGGAAGUUGGAAUUCCUGAGCCUACUGCAAGUAAUGGGAGUAAAUUAGUUCUAACAUCCCAAUCAUUGGAUGUAUGUCGACGCAUGAAUUGUCAAGUAAUAAAAAUGGAACUGCUUCCUGGAGCAGACGCGUGGACAUUGUUCUUGGACAAGGUUGGUCAAAAUCUAAUGAAUUUUACAGUUUUAGUGCCUUUUGCAAGAUCCAUUGCUGAGCGUUGUGCUGGUUUGCCAUUGGCAAUAAUCACAGUUGCCAGUAGUAUGAAAGGUGAAUAG